GUUUUCUUUUACAUUGUGCAAAUUCGAGUUGCAGGCGCUGGUGACAAAGAAAACUGGUUAUGCCAUGCACAGGUUUCCGUACUUUAUACUUCUGGUAGUUUCCUUCGCAUUUGUGCCGUUGUUCUUCGCUAUGGUGCUAUUUAUUCAGUUCAAAUCGGGAGGUUUUUCACAGCACACCAAAACCGCCUCGUUACACCUGAAAUUCUGCGUUGUCGGAGCCCUGAAUGCCUUGAACGGUAUGUGCGUCAUAUUCGCCAAUCCGCACGUACCAGGCAGUCUGCAGCAGAUUAUGGUACAAGCAGUGAUGCCCAUAACCAUGGGGAUGUCCAUCGUCAUUCUGGGCUCCAAGUUCCAUCGUUUGCAGCUGCUAGGCGCUCUGAUGAUCUGUAUGGGAGUCAUAAUCGAGCUGUACCCUCUGUUCAUCGGAUCGAAAGGUCCGGGUGGGGGCCUCGAAAUAUCUCCUGGCGCUGUUGAUGAUGCUCAAAUGCACUCGCACGAGCUUCUGACGAGCGGAACGCAAACGAGUACAUAUCCGUAUGCCUACAGGUAUACUAGCGGCAGUGCGAUAGUAAGCACUGGUGCAAAAAAUAACGCCCAACAAAGCCAACCCCCAGCGUAUUUCUGGUCGAUGGUAUUUCUGCUGGGUCAGGUACCCAUGGGCAUGCAGAGUGUUUUUCAGGAGCUGGCCUUCUCGCAGGCGCACGUGAACGUCGUGUACAUGAUGGCCUGGUCAUCACUGGCCCAGUUUCUGUCUUUGUGUGUGCUGAGCGUGUUUAAUUUCAUCCCAAAGUUUGGGGCUGUGGCGCCCGGUGAUUUUGGAGAGUACAUGAAAGAGUCACUUCAGUGUGCCCGGGGAUAUGGAGACGGAUGCGAGCAAGCUCCUGUGCUGUUGACGUGCUUCGUGAUGAUUAUGCUCACCGCCCAGAUAGUGCAGGCACUCCUGGUCAAGAAGUCAAGUGCGGCGUUAGUGGUUAUAGUCCUUACCGUCAUCACACCCCUAUCGACGGUGUGUUUCUCGAUACCAUAUUUAAUGGGCGAGCACACCGAGGCCUUGAAAAUUAGCACCUGUGUGGCACUUGUUGUGUUGACUGUGGGUGUUAUUAUCUACCGAGUGCCCGAUGCGCUAGUACUGAAAGAGGGCCGGAAGUGCGAGGCUGACGAGAGCAGCUUCACGGAUAGCGACGGGCUGCAUACGCAACGUAGGGAGACUGAACCAUUACUCACCCGUAAGAAAUCGAGGACAGCCACGACUGAUAGUGAUAGGCAUCCGGUGAUGCUCAAUUCAAGAAUUGGAGUCAUCUCUUCGGAAUACACGGGCGAGGCUGACAUAUCCGAUGGCAUCAAGACCAUUCUGUACAGCCACACACAUCUCACGGAAGGGGAUGCGAACGCGCACCCAACGCACACGCACGCACACACGCAUACGAUGUCCCAUUCAUACUCAAAUGUAGAUGCUUGACCUUUCGGUGACUGCGGACCUUCUCAUAAAACGCCGAGCUCCUUGAACGUGGAAGUGGAUUAGAAUCCCCGCAGUGGGUGCGCGAGUGAGUUCAUAUUAUGAACACGUGUGUACAGGUAAAGCGAGCUCUUCUUACUGGAUUUUGUUUUUCCAGCACAUGCGGUGUCGUACCGUGAUCACCGUUAUGUAUGACCCGAUAACACGUGUAGUUAUAGACAGCCGGUGGAUCGUGCGAAUGCUACGGUGAAUCUGCAGCGGUAGUAGGUCUUAGCAGUAGGUCUUAGCUGAUGCAAUCAUGUCCGACUAUUGUCAUCGCUUGCUAUUUCUACCCGCGUUGCUGGGCUGAAUCGCAAGUCGGCAUGAGACAAGCCAUGAACAGCGAAGGGAAGAACGAGGAUCUAGGAGCUGACCUGUGGCAUGGUACGCCUCCUUACGGGUGUUAAGUGAACAUCCGAAAAUUGACACAAGACUGGAAAGCUCUCUGCUGGUGUUCGACAACUUAAUAACGGGCUAAGCGUAGAAUAGCCAGAGGCCUGUUCCCAUUGAUGGGUUGGGCGUGGAACGGGUGUGAUAGCUGUCGACGGUGCAUUAUGGACAUUCGAUUCGUGGUGGAGACCUAAGACAGUGGUGUUGUCAGUCAAUCUGUUCAUGCAGACACCCAUUUACUUGUAUGUCGAGGUAUGCACUUUCACAGAGUCAAAAGAAACGCACGACGAAUGGACGGUCUAUAUCAGAAAAGUACGGACUGAGAUGGUAGUGCCUAGUUAUAUAUGCCUGACGCCAUUAUUGAAAGGAAGAGUACAGAAUCCGAACCACUACCUUAUCUAAGUUUCAGUCGAGUGGAAUUUGGAAGCUGACAAAAGUAUAUGUUUGAAAUUUUCACGGCAUCACCAAUCAACUAUUUAGCAGAAUGGUCAUCGACUACGGAAUGAAAAUCAACAAUCCACUGUGAAUGUUGGCAUGGUGUACGAUCGUCGCUAAACAACUGCUAUAUCUCAACCGCUAGAUGCCAAGAGCUAUGCAUACCACCGCAAAAAUUUCGAAGUGAUUUAAGAUGUAGUGUCAUGCCGGCCGAUGCAUUAGAAGGCGGUGACCGUGUAUAGUCGAGGGUUGAAGUCCUGCUUAAAUUAGAUUUAGAAACUAAAACCUAGAUUAUGUGUAGCACAAAUCAGGAGGUGAGCAUUUUGCAAACUCACUUGAUACAAUCUGCUGACACAGUUCUAAAUAGCUGUCAGCCGUAGUCGCAUGGGCUGCACCAUCCACAACUCCAUAUGGGUCGGUCCUAUUAGAACCAUCUUCAUCGUACCUCGAGAGAUGCCAAACAGUUUAUAGACAGGAACGAGAUCACCUACAACUUGUUAGGUACGAAGGUGUACCCGCCAGAACAAAUGAACG